CACGACGGUGGCGGCGGGGUUUGUGUGCGCGAGAGGCCGCCGAUAAAGGUUGAGUGCCUCGCGCCGGGGGCCGUGGGGAGGGAGCGCGCCCCCGCCCCCUCCCGGGCCGCGGGUCCCCCAGCGCAGUGCCGGGCCCCGCUUCCCGUCAGCCCCCGCGGGAAGGCCCUGGGGUUCUCUUUGAUCCCCCCUCCCCGACCGGGGCCACAGGUUUAGAAGGAUCCAGCCCAAAGGCUAAUGUGGUCACAGAAAAGAGUGUCAGCCAUCUGCAGCUAGGAGAUAUGCUUAAAGGAAAGACUCAGCAGCAAGGAGCUGGGGGAUUCAUUAUAUGCACUGUAGGGUGUUAAGAAGCACCGCUGUCCCUGCACUUGACAAGCAACAGCCAGUGUCUCCAGACAUCACAAGGGGUCUCCUGAGUGGGAAGACAGUUGGCUCAGUUGGGAACCAUUGGUGCCUGGAUUGGAGCAUGAAAACAUUGUUCAGAUCGCUUUUCUUUUUCCAGUCAUCGGCAUGGUCAGUGACAAGGUCACUGGGUAGGAACAGGGAACAAGAGGAUUUCAGUUGGGGAAGAAAUAUGAGGGAGCAUGGGGCUCAGAGAAAGUGCUGUGUGAGGUGAGAAGCAUGGGCUGUGUUCUGAGUUGUAGGCCUGAAUGUAUGCAUGGGCAGGAUGUACCAGGGAGAGUGUGUACAAGGCUGGUAACUCUGGUAGCGAUGGCAUGAUGGAAGGAGGUUGCAGAUCCUCUGGGAACAGGAUGUCAUCAUGUUGUUGUAAAAAUAUAAAAAAUAAAAAAAGUAUGGGUUGUCUUUUAUCCUGCUAGGUCACACUGCAGUGCCCCAAGAUAUCUGCUAGGUAUCGUGUCCGAAACACAUCCCAACUCAGCGGCGGUCCAGAACAGCCACCGCACACUUUCCUACACUCAAACCAUCACACAAAAGAACACACAACACAAUAACCUUAGAUUCAAUUGGUAAGAUAUAAUUGCCCACCUAAACAUACAAAGCCCAGUACCAUCCAUCUGUUAAGAACAUUUGUAACAACCUGUAAAGGUACAGCAUGGAAUCUUAACAUCACCCGCCAUAUUCUCCUGCUACAGCUUUCUCUCCCUUUCCUCCUGUCUCCUCCUUUCCGUUCCAGUCUCCUCCUCUUCUUUCAAACUUCUCUCCCGCCCAUCCUUCCUUCUCCUCCAAUGACAGGCCUCCUUCUAUCCUGUACCUGCCCCUCACCUGUAUUUUACAAAUUCAAUGGGGAGAAGGUUCUGGUGAAGUCACCUGAUUCCUGAGUACGGGACUAGGCAGCUGUCCUUGGGACAGUAGAAUUAGCAUCAAAAUACAGAUAACUCCAGGACAAACCACAUCAUCAUCACUAGGGGUUUGGGGGACCUGAGAGUGGAUGGUGGAAUGGGAUGCCUAAGGCUCUGAUCACUCCUCGGUGGCUUUGCUUAGAGUGAAAUUGUUUAGGGUGAGGUGGGGGGGGGGGGGACGACAAGUGUUGAGGUGGAGAGGUAGGAGGUAACUCUUCAAAACAGGCAGGAAACAAAGCCAGAGGCUUCUUCCAAGGGACUGAUGACAGAGGGAGCCAUUGUCCUCCUAAAAGCAGGACUCUCUCAAGAGACCACCCCUUCUUGGAUGUGUUUGCUUCCUACUUCCUAGAGGAGCUCCUUUGCUGAGAAGUUUCCCCUCCAGGUGUGAUGGCCGGCUCCCACAUGGACAUGGUGCCAGCUUCCACCAUGGAGGGAACUGGGGAAAAGCCAGAUUCCACUACCCCAGCACCCACCCCUGCUGCUCAGUAUGAGUGCGGGGAAUGUGGCAAGUCCUUCAGGUGGUCAUCUCGGCUCCUGCAUCAUCAGCGCACUCACACAGGUGAACGGCCCUAUAAAUGUCCGGACUGCCCCAAAGCCUUCAAGGGUUCCUCAGCCCUUCUCUACCACCAGCGGGGCCAUACGGGUGAGCGGCCCUAUCAGUGCCCUGACUGCCCCAAAGCCUUCAAGCGCUCCUCCUUGCUGCAGAUUCACCGCAGUGUGCACACAGGCCUGCGGGCCUUCACCUGUGGCCUCUGUGGUCUGGCCUUCAAGUGGUCAUCCCAUUACCAAUACCACUUGAGACAGCAUACUGGUGAGCGGCCCUACCCGUGUCCUGACUGCCCCAAGGCCUUCAAGAACUCAUCCAGCUUAAGGCGCCACCGGCAUGUGCACACGGGAGAACGCCCUUACAGCUGCAGCAUUUGUGGGAAGAGCUUUACUCAGAGUACCAACCUUCGCCAGCAUCAGCGGGUACACACGGGCGAGCGCCCCUUUCGUUGUCCACUUUGUCCCAAGACCUUCACACACUCCUCCAACCUGCUGCUACACCAUCGCACCCACAGCCCUGCCCCCAGCCCCGCCCCCGCCCCUGCCCCAGACCCCACCCCCACAGGGGAGACCAGCAGAGCUGGCACCAAGGUUCUGGUCUCUGAUGCCUACUUGCAGCCCCGCAGCCCACCUGAGCCUCCAGCCCCACCACCCCAGCCCCCACCUGUGGUGCCCGAAUUCUUUUUGGCUGCUGCUGAGACUACAGUGGAGCUGGUAUACCGCUGCGAUGGUUGCGAGCAGGGCUUCAGUAGCGAGGAGCUCCUCUUGGAGCACCAACCAUGCCCAGGUCCCACUGUGGCCACCCAGCCCCAGGAUGUGCCUGCCGAGCUGCCCCAGGCUGACUCUGCUCUGCAGCCCCCACCUGCCACUACUGGCCCUUCUAAUUUUGCUUGCCUUCCUUGCGGGAAAUCCUUCCAGACAGUGGCAGGCCUGUCCCGUCACCAGCACAGCCAUGGUGCGGCCAGUGGACAGGCCUUUCGCUGUGGUAGCUGUGAUGGUGCCUUCCCACAACUGGCCAGCCUGUUGGCUCACCAGCAGUGCCACGUGGAGGAGGCGGCAGCUGGACGCCCACCACCUCAGGCUGAAGUUGCAGAAGUCACCUGUCCCCAGGAACCUGUAGCCCCAGCCACUCCUGCUCCACCUCCUCCUCCACCUGCCCCAGUUUCUGCAGAGCGGCCCUACAAAUGUGCAGAGUGUGGCAAGGCCUUCAAGGGUUCUUCCGGGCUGCGCUACCACCUGCGGGACCACACAGGUGAGCGGCCCUACCAAUGCGGGGAGUGCGGCAAAGCCUUCAAGCGCUCCUCCCUGCUGGCUAUCCACCAGCGUGUGCACACGGGCCUGCGAGCCUUCACCUGUGGCCAGUGUGGCCUCACCUUCAAGUGGUCGUCCCACUACCAGUACCAUCUGCGACUUCAUUCUGGUGAGCGGCCCUAUGCCUGCACUGAGUGUGGCAAAGCCUUCCGUAACACUUCGUGCCUGCGGCGCCACCGGCACGUGCACACUGGCGAGCGGCCCCACUCGUGUAGCGUGUGUGGCAAGAGCUUCGCACAGACCUCCAACUUGCGGCAGCACCAACGUGUGCACACGGGCGAGCGACCCUUCCGUUGCCCGCUCUGCCCCAAGACCUUCACACACUCCUCCAACCUGCUGCUGCACCAGCGAACUCAUUCUGCGGAGCGCCCUUUUGCCUGCCCCAUUUGUGGCCGAGGCUUUGUCAUGGCCGCCUACCUGCAGCGGCAUCUGAGGACGCACACCCCAGCCACUACAACUUCGGGGACCACUGGCCCUGCUGUAGCAUCGCAGCCCCCUACCCCAUUGGCUGCAGCUCCAACUCCACUGGCCGCUCAAGAUGUUCAUGUUCUCCCUAACCUACAGGCCAUACUUUCACUCGAAGUAGCUGGGGGCACAGCUCAGGCUACACCCCCAGGCCCAGUUGCCCCCAGUUCACAGACAUUUCUCCUGGUACAGACUGCCCAGGGCCUCCAGCUGAUUCCUAGCAGUGUCCAGCCCCCUACCCCACCACCACCGCCUCCACCCCCUAAACUCAUUCUGCUGCCUCCUGCCAGUGCUGGAGGUAUGGGCAAUGGUGCUGCAAGGCCAGGCCCUCGGGCUGUUGGGAAAGCUGGACAGGGGACAGGGGUAGUGUGGUUUCCCGGCCCAGGUGGUCUAGGGGUGCAAGGAGGAGGCAAUGCUGGGACUAGCGGGGGCGGGCAGAGCCUCAUUGUUCUACAGAAUGUAGGGAGUGGGGAGACAGGACCACAGGAAGUGAGUGGGGUUCAGCUUCAGCCAGCACAGGAAGUGGCCACGGUCCAACUACAGCCUGCACAGGAAGUGACCACAGUCCAGCUACAACCAGCACAGGAGGUGACUACAGUCCAGCUCCAGCCCCUGACAGGACAAGUCUCCAAUUCUAGUGGAGGAGCUGUGGCUACCGAGGCUCCAAACCUGCUGGUGGUUCAGAGUGGGGCAGCUGAAGAGUUGCUGACCAGCUCUGGACCUGGGGAAGUGGGAGACAGUGAGGCCAGCGCUGGUAUGGUUCAGGAUGUCCUGUUUGAGACAUUGCAGACAGAUGAGGGGCUGCAGAGUGUGCUGGUGCUGAGUGGAGCGGAUGGGGAACAGACUAGGCUCUGUGUGCAGGAGGUGGAAACGCUUUCGCCUGGACUGACCGAGCCAGCUGCCACUGACCCAUCAGGACAGAAACUCCUUAUUUUUCGUAGCGCCCCAGCUGCUGACCUUCUAGAAAGUAGCAGCGUUGCAGGAGGUACCACAACGCUGCAACUCCUGGCCCCACCAGCACCUGGCCCGGUCUCUGCCCCUGUGGGGGUGCCUGUAGCUCCCCCAUCCCAGAUGGUACAAGUGGUCCCCGCAGUGACUGGACCAGGGGUCAUGCCUCCCCAGAACUUGCCCUCCAUCCAGAUAGUGCAGACUCUGCCUGCAGUCCAGUUGGUACACACGUUUUGAAGAGACCCAGUAGCAGCUCUGUCACAAACCCUCUUCCCCCGCAAUUAACUGUUCUCCUCAGCUGGGCUGGGGUCAGCCCCAGAGUCAAGGGGGCUGCUGGCUGGACUUGCUAAUAAAGACCCAGAAUCUC